CUACACGAAGUCCUGCAAGAGGAUUUGCGGUCUGUCAAUGAGGAACUACCGGCUGAUCUUCUGCCACAACCUGAAGCAGCCAUAGAUGAUUCAGUGGUUCUCUGGCCAGGGGAGGAGAGGAUAGGAUACACUUUCACUGCUGCACGACGUGAGGUCUUGGCGGGUUCGUGGUGAGGAGGCGGCCAUGAGGAAGAGCGUGUCUCUGUUGCCAGGCAAUGAGGGCGGGAGCUCGGCCGGCACCACACGGGUCUUUGGUGUCCCUUUGGAUGAGGUGUCUCACACACAGACAAUAAGUGGCCAUGAGGUUCCUGCCCUGGUCAAACAUAUUGUCGACUACAUCGAGGAACAUGGUCAUCUGGACCUGGAGGGGCUCUUCCUGGUUAAUGGCAACGCAGAGCGUGUGGAUUGGCUGCGUCAGCGCUAUGACAGUGGUGAGGAGGUGGAGCUGGAGAAGGAGGCUGACCUGGCAUCAGCGGUCAGUUUGCUGCGUCUCUUCCUGCAGGAGCUUCCUGAUCCUGUUAUACCAACAGCGAUACAGGGACACAUUCUACAGCUACACCAAGAUUACAGUAAUGAGGAAGAGCUGUGUAGAAACCUGAAGUACCUGCUGCAGCAGCUUCCCCAGCUGAACUACGGCCUUCUGCGUUUCCUGUGCCGCUUCCUGGCCAGCGUGGCAUCCCUUCAGCAGGAGUGCUGGAACAUCGGGGCGCUGGCCGCCGUCUUCGGGCCAGACAUAUUCCAUCUAUCAUCAGAAGGAGAGGACCUUCGGGACCAGGAGACUGUAAGCAGAAUCCUGGCAGAGUUGCUAGAUAACCAGGAUUGCCUGUUUGACUCAGAGGACGAUGAUGUCUCCACCACCAACGACUACAGCUCCAUCAAUGAACAGAUCACCGAGCUGUUGGACGAUGAUAAGUGUGAGGCGGAAUGUGAAGAGCUCCCCCAGGACGAGGAGGAGGGUCCCGUCUCCUCCGACUCACCACAACACAAUCACACUGACGACAGCCCCGCAGCCAGCUCCCACCUCUCCCCUAUAUCCAUCCUGCCUACUGACUCUGCUGAGAUAAUUCAGCGAACCAUCAGAGCUGCAGUGGAGCAGCAUUUCUUUGACCUGAAAACCUCCAUCGACCACGGCCUCAGCAACUAUGACAACCAGGGGAUGAGUCCCAGUGAGCCUUCAAUCGAGGGCUGCCAUGGAGAUGAGGAGCAACAAACGGACCCCGAGGACACUCCCUGUGACACCAAAGGGGAAACCCCACUCAAAGAUCACGAGCAACACAUGCAACAAAGCCAGACGGACACACAGGAUUCACGUGAUUCUGACACUUCCCCGGUGAAGAGCUCGAGAAUGGACAUGGAGGCCGACGCUGUCAUAGAUGCUGAGAACAACUUCAACACUGCCAGGCAGGACAAUCAACCCUGUGACUCCAUGGACCAGACUGACACUGUAACCUGUCAGGACCCGAGCUCCUGCCGCUGUGAUCAGAACGCCAACACCAGCGAGACCAACAGGAACCACCUGUCGCCAUGCCAACCCAACUCUGGCCUCAGGCCCCACCUCCAACUCUUUCCUGACAACCAAUGGGAAGCAUCACCCCCCUCCCAUAUCAAUCUCCCUCCCAUAGAUUUCUCAUGUAUGCAUCUUCAAAAAGAAGGCCAUGACCCCAUCCCGGCUUACAAAUCCUGGCAGGAUGAGAGCGAGAGCGGAGAAGCACAGCUCUCCCCGCUGGCUGGUCGCAUGGUUCCUCUCCCCCUACUGCCCCUGGAGGAGGAUGGCGAGGACGAGGAGGAGGGGGAGGUAGGGCAGGACACCUCCCCUUCCUCUUCCCGCUCGCACCCUCACCUUCUUGCUCGACGCUUUCUCGACUUCGGAGCGCACAGUGCCCAGCGCUUCCUCCAGCAAGACUCAGACGCCACCUCGCCCACUAAAGCACAGAGACCCCGUCGAGCAUCAUUUGGCUCCAAAGAGGCGAUGAGAGGAGGAGGAGAUUCAGUGACCCACCAACUCACCAAGAAGCUACAACACCUGAAGAAGAAAAUUAAGCAGUUUGACGAGCAGUUUGAGAAAGAGAGGAACUACAAGCCCUCUCAUGGAGACAAGGCAGCUAACCCCAAAGUCCUCAAAUGGAUGACCGACCUCACCAAGAUCCGCAGGCAGAUUAAAGGACGCCAGCACCACCUUUUACCCAGAAGCACGCUGAGGCACCAGGCUUUGCUCCAUUCACACAGACGCCACCAUGCUCCCUCCUCCUUCCCUUCCUCCUCCUCCUCUAUCUGCCCUCCUCCCCAUCACACACUCACCCCCCCACGCCACCCCCACUCAGGCCUGAACUCUAGACCGUUUCACCUCAAUGCCAAACACCGUGCAGAGAGCGAGCUCGGCCCUCUGACUCGUCCUCGGAGCAACACCUUGCCAAAGAGCUUCGGCUCGACCCUGGAUCAAGGCACCCAUGAUGCAGCGGGGGACGCUAAAGGUUCGCAUCCCACCAGGGAGGAAACACUGGAGAUGAUUCAGUGCAGGGUCAAAGGGAAGAAGCAGGAGGACGGAUGGCCCGAUGACAUCAAGAAGAUGACCAAGGAGCAGUUGUCCUGUGAGAAGACGGUCCUGCAGAAGAACCUGCUGCACUACGAAGGCCUGCACGGUCGACCGGUGACCAGAGAGGAGCGUCUGGUGGUGAAGCCUCUCUACGAUCGCUACCGCCUCGUCAAACAGAUGCUCACCAGAGUCACCAUCACACCAGUCACAGUGUCCCCCUCCAGUAAGAGGCGGAGUCAGACCCUCCAGCCAAUCAUAGAGGGAGAAACUGCUCACUUCUGGGAGGAGAUCAAAGAGGAGGAGGAGGAAGAGCAGAAAGGAGGUGAUGGAGCAGCAGUAGAAGAAGAGAAGGAGGAGGAGAGGGAGAGGGAGGAGGAGGAAGAUGAGGAGGAGGAGGAAGAGGAGGGAGAGAGCAGUGGUGGCGAGAUGCAAGGCUCCGAGGUCAUCAUGGCCGUCGACCUUGUGACCCCGAUCGACAGGCAAGGGAGAAGCCAGGACCAAUCGGAUCCACAGAGCGACAGUCCAAUGAGAGCCAAGCUGGAGGAGGGGUCGGGGCGGCUGGCUCUGGACCUGCGACUCUCCAGCUCCAACGCUUCGUCCAUGCCAGAGCUGCUGGAACAGCUGUGGAAGACCCGAGCAGAGAAGAAGAAAAUGAGGAAGACCAUCAGAGAGUUUGAGGAAGAUUUCUAUCAGCAUAAUGGAAGAAACGUUCAGAAGGAGGACCGCGUGCCGAUGCUCGACGAGUACCGAGCGUACAAGAGGAUCAAGGCCAAGCUCCGCCUCCUGGAAGUCCUAAUCAGCAAACAGGAUUCCUCCAAAUCCAUCUAGACCCGCCCUCCUCAGCAGCUGCCAAAAUCAGUCAACACACACAUCAGCCGUCAUCACUGCUGCAAGGACCCGCCCAGGAAGUCUGGACGCCAUCACACCCACGAGGGUUUCAUCCGACGCUCCAGUGACCACGGGACGAGGUCGUGGUCGCUGCUCGGUGCUGCAGUCCCGUCACAGAGAAUCCAAACGAGUGAUGGCUCUGACAGGAAGUUCUGAAACGCUUUGAUUUUACUUCAACAGUCGGACGAUUUUCUGGAAACAGGAUAUUUUACAGUCACAUUUUAGGGACUUUAGACCGAAUCUGUUCAGGAACCAAAGUCAAGUUUUGGUUUUUUAGUUUUUAGUUUGUCGUACUUUCUGAUGACGCUUAAUUCCGACUGAAACCCAACACUGGAUGUUGGUAUCAGUAUUAGAACGAGGGAAGAGAAUUUCUUCCUGAAUGCUCAAUAUUAUAUAAGUAUUUAAUAAGUACAAUAUUUAAAAUUAGAACUAUUGGCCCUCAGGCCCUUAAGAAUGAACAUUUAAAUCAGCUCACACUCAUUUCGGCAGAUCGGCACCAAACGAGUUCUUUCUCGGCUCAUUUUCCAUCCGUCCACCAGGUUUCAUGGAAAAUCUGUUCAGUAGCUUCUGCUUCAAACAAACCAGCAGACACAUAUUCUACUAUUUAUUCUAAUUUGCCAAAUCUCUGUGAGUUUUGUGGAAUCAAAUCCCAACUUGAAUUAAUAACGAUCACUUUUAACAGCAGAGCAGUUUGUGCUCCUCAAAGAUAGAAGUGAUUUUUGGCAUUUUCAUUAGAAAAGUCUAAACGGCUCGGUUUUAAUUUACGACUUCAAAACUCGUAUAAGUUGUUUUCCUGUGACACGACUGCAGCAGCGCCCCCACCAGGCCAACCGGGAAUCACUCCAGUCAGCCGCAGCCGAUCUCUGCUGCCUCCCCUGACGUCAUAUCAUCCAAAACACUUCAAAAACACUGACUUCAUCGUUUGUCUCCUCAUCGUCAUCCCACCAACUCGACGUGAGACUUUGCACUUGACUCGUCUCUGAUUUCCUCGUCUUCGGAGGAAAAGUUCAAAAAAAAAACUUCUGACUUUUUUUAGUUGCAGGAACUUUAGUGUCGUCGCUCUCUGUUCUCCGUGAAGUUUGUUCCUUCAGGCGGAGGAAUGUUAUGAGACCGCUCCAGGACUUUCAGACGCUCUUCACUCCACACACGUCUGUUUUCGUUUGGGACGUCAGUUCCUCUUCAGCGUCGUGUUGGGGGGGGGGGGGGGGGGCGCGGUUUCAAACCUAAUCUUAAAACCGGCCUCCCUGCUGCCAAGCCAUCGAUUGUUUUAUUCUGAAACUUUAACAUCUUUCGCGUUCUGACUGGUUUUAACAUUGAUCCACUAAGUUAAAAAAAAACAAGUUUGUGUGUUUGUUGUUGUUAUAAAAUCCAAUUGUCGCACGUUUGUUUGAGACACCGAUGUUCACGUUGAAUGAAAAAAGAAUCUGUUGCGUUUCAAGGGAAAAUGUUUUAACUCCCAGAGUGAUUCUCCAUCUUCCUUUUCAUUUCUUUGUUCUUCAGCAUUUCGUUUUUUUUUUUUUUUACCUUUGUGUUUUCAGUUUGGUCAGAAGUUGUUCAGCAGGUCGGCAAAAGGUUGAACUUUCCCAUGAGCCUCUUGUGAAAAUGCUGCUUUUAAUCUGAAGCCUGAACUUUAAAGUCACGUGUUUGGUCUUAAAAAGCAGAAUUAACCUCGAGACGUUCACAGGAAACAGUCGUACAGAGAUUAGGAGAUUAGGAGAUUUAGGAGAUUUAGGAGGAAGUGGUUGUAGAAAUCAUCUGGAGAAUUCUGCACUGGUUAUUUAAGUUGCUGAUGAUGAUGAUGAUGAUGAAGACGAGGAGCCAGAGUUUGUUUGGCGUCACUGCUGCUUCUCUGAAAAACAAAAAGCGUGUUGGUUCCAGGUGUGACCAGGUGUGAUUUCCAGCCUCCUGAGGGAGGAGCAGUGACUGAGCAGCGUCUGGCUGUUCCCUGGUUGAGAUUUUUAGCUUUAAAAGGAUUUAACGUAUGGAUGAGCACUGAUUUUAAACAUCUGUGGUUUAACUGAUAUUUGUUUCCCCAAAACGCAGAAGGUCUGAAUAGAUUCAUUAAUGUCACGACACAGAGAAGAAGUCAAAGCCGCUGUGUUUCGUGUCCUCGGUCCAACCUGCAGCUCCAGUGAAGUUUCAUUUCCUGCGGGCAGGUCAAAUGAGGGCGGGCGAGGGGGGGAGAGUUUGUCAUUGUUCUUCUUUGGUGCCGCGUCGUUGUCGUGUCUAAGAUCCGAGUCCAGAUGUCACAAUGUGAUUUUUUUUUUUUUUUUUAAAGUGGGAAGAAGACAUUUCCAAACAGUUGCUACGUUUUGGCUUCAGCUGGUGAGAGUGUGAAGCGACCGUUCUAUUGUCAGAACCUGAGUCGCUGGUUAACUGGAAGACGAGACUUCAUGUGCUUUUCUUACUGUAUCGUUGUAGAUUUACCUGCCAGAGUCCGAGCGACUGCAGCCGGCCACAGACUGGGGGGGGGAGAAAGUUUUGAAAGAGACUUAGAGUUAGUAUUUGAUCAAAACGAGAGGGGUGUGGUGUGUGUGUGUGUGUCGGCACGGUAAAGGAGGUAAUUUGUAAAAAGACGUUAUUUGCACAGCAUUCACAGAAUGCAGCCCUGUUGUGUUUAUUUUUUCUUUUUCAUUUGUAUUUCUAAAAAUGAAGCACUACUUCUAUAUAAAUAUAAAUAUAUCCUGUACAUAAAAAAAAGUACACCCGAAGGAAUGAAUGUCAGAAAUGUUUAAAUUAUUUCAAACAUUGUGUUUGGCUCCCCCUUUUGGUUAUAAUUAUAUUUGUGAUGCCAAGAGAAUGUUUUUUUUUUUUUUUUGUAUUAAUAUCACUAUGAAUACUACUAUUACUAUCAUAACAGGUGUGUGAUGAUUCCGAUGAUAAUAAUCCUUUUGUAUCUACUCACUAACUGUAAAAAGUAAGAACCAGCUGUAGAAGUUAGUCUGGCACUGUGUGUGUGGCUGAUCCAACAUGAACCUGCUCUGCUCCUUCUUUCUUUUGUCCGUGUGUGUAAAAUAGAAACAGUACUGUAGUCAGCUUGCAUGGCAACCGAGAACAUGAUAGUGCAAAAGAAAAAAAAUCGAAAUAUCAUAUAUUGUUUCUGUUUUUUUGUGCCAUGAAGACGCAGCAAUAAUAAAACUGUGUGUAACCCUAACCCAGGUUUUACAGUAUCGACUCGUGGCGAGUUGCAUCGACUGUGUGAGUUUCUGAGGUACUUUUUAAAUAGUUUUUACUUAAGUUGAGUUUAACACAGUUUGAGCUCUGUGGUCAGCGUCACGUUUGUGUCGGCGCCGCUGAAAGAAACUAAAUAUACAAAUUGGACACAUAGUUUUUAUCCUGAUGUUAAAAAGUGGAAACAAUCCGUUGUUUCUUUUUUUAGGUUUUUAAAUUUCUAUACUUUUUUCCGGCGCCUCAGUUCCUCACGGUUCAAACUCCUGUGUUUUACAUUGUGCCUGCAGCAGAGUGGUAACACGUCACAUGUGGUUCACGCGUCGUAAACUGUAAAUGUGUGUCUGUCCCGUGUACAGUUUGUUUAAAACUUUCUGACGUCAGUGCACGGUUGUUUCUCCCCCUCUCUCUCACACACACACGCACACACACACACAUACACACACACAGCGGGGGGUUCCCAGCAAGGGGUCGGAGUCAAAGACGUCUCCCAGGUCACAGCAGCUCCUGAAAGAUAACAAAUCAUUUGUUUUAGACGAAACAGGAACAGAAGACGUUGUUGACUCUGAACUCUGCUUCUCCUCCUCCACGUGUUUUAUCACAUGAAUAAACUGUACGUCCCGUGUGUAAAUGUUUUCAUACUCUGUGAAUGCUUCUUUUCCCUGUUAUCUCUUCAUUAACAAAAAAGGAUUUGAGAAAAUACAAUCAGUAACAAACAUUUACACAUGAAAAUAAAAAAUGACAAAGCUUUC